CUAGCUAAAUCACGGGUGUUUCUCUCCGCUGUCUCUCCGUGCUAUAUCGUCACUUUGCCAGGUUGUUGCUGUUUGGUCGCUGCAAAGCAACGCUGCCUUCCAUACCGGAGAGAGACCCCCGCUAACCGAGUAGCUCCUCUCUGUGGUGCCGUGAUAUGAUGUGUGGGGGAGGCUUGCUAGCGAGAUAAACAAGCAGCCAGUCAGCAUCGGGGUUUCAGCCAGCACAGAGCAGUCGGAGGAACAUGGCCGCAGCACAUUUAGCUAGCAGUAUAGCUUUUUCUCUCAACCGAAGGUCAGACCGGGUCUAACACACGGGAUUUAACAGAGCACGGGCGACGGAAAGUUUCACAUCGUAGAAGAGGUGGAUGAAGGGUUGCCCUCCCAGCAGCCAUGAUGCCCUGAAGAGCUGACUGGAGUCUGGUCUAGAACCGAGAAUAAGGCUGUAACUUACAAAGUGUGGAAGAAGUGAUGGGGUCUGAAUACUUUCCGAAUGCACUACGCUGAUAUGCAGUGAGGAUGAGUGGCGUUGGUGAAAACCCCUCGAACCCUGCUGCCAGGGCCGAGUCGCGGAAACGCAAAGAAUGUUCCUCUGACCUGCUGGGUCCCAGCCCCAAACAAAGCAUCGAGAAGAGAAACCGUGAGCAUGAGAACAAGUACAUCGAGGAGCUGGCCGAGCUGAUCUUCGCCAACUUCAACGACAUCGACGACUUCAACGUCAAACCAGACAAAUGUGCUAUCCUGAAGGAGACUGUCAAACAGAUACGGCAGAUCAAAGAGCAGGAGAAAGCAGCCGCGGCAAAUGAGGAGGAGGUACAGAAGGCGGAUGUGUCGUCGACGGGCCAAUCCGUCGUCGACAAGGAUGCUCUUGGACCAAUGAUGCUGGAGGCCCUGGAUGGAUUUUUCUUCGUGGUAAAUAUGGAGGGUAACAUAGUUUUUGUGUCUGAGAACGUGACCCAGUACCUGCUGUAUAACCAGGAGGAGCUGAUGAACACCAGCGUCUACAGCGUCCUGCACGUAGGAGACCACGCUGAGUUCAUCAAGAACCUGCUGCCCAAGAGCCUGGUGAACGGGGUGCCGUGGUCCAGUGAAGGUCCCAGGAGGAACAGUCACACGUUUAACUGCCGUAUGCUGGUCAACCCUCACAGUGACAACCAGGACGAGACCAACGACCACCAGGGACAGAAAUAUGAAACCAUGCAGUGUUUCGCCGUCUCCCAACCCAAGAGCAUCAAGGAGGAGGCAGAAGACUUUCAGUCAUGUCUGAUAUGUGUGGCUCGCAGGAUGCCCAUGAAGGAGCGGCCCGUUCUGCCCACGCACGAGAGCUUCACCACCCGUCAGGACCUGCAAGGUAAGAUCACGUCACUAGACACCAGUCUUCUGAGAGCCUCUAUGAAGCCUGGCUGGGAAGAUCUGGUGAGGAGAAGCAUCCAGAGGUUUCACCUACAGAACGACGGAGAGAUGUCCUUCGCCAAGAGACACCAACAAGAGGUGUUGCGUCACGGCCAGGCAUUCAGCCCCAUCUACAGGUUCUCUCUGUCGGACGGGACCAUCGUGUCGGCUCACACCAAGAGCAAGCUGGUCCGCUCCCCUGCCACCAACGAACCCCAGCUCUACAUGUCUCUACACCUGCUACAGAGAGAGCAGUCAGUGUGUGGUAUGGGGCCGGGUCAGGACAUGGGGCCCGGUGGACAGGGCCAGCAGGGGACAGUGAUGGGCCCCAAACCAAUGGCCCCCAACCCCUCAAUGACACCUCCAACCCCGGGGACAAUAUCUGGCCUGGUGCCCCAGGGGCAGGACACCACGAUCAGCUCUAACAGCACGCCCUUCUCCCUUCCUCAUGGAGGUCCAGGGUCCAGAGAACCAGGGCUCGGAGCCGUGGGGUCCGGGUCUGGGCACAUGCAGGGCUACCGUUACAGCUGCCCUCCCCAGCCCAUGGGCUACCCCGGAGGGAUGCAGGGCGGCAUGGGCAUGAACCCCACCAACCACCCCCUCCAGCAAGGGGCCAGCUGGAGGAUGAGCAGCCCGUCUCGGAGCAGCCCUAGCCCAGCUGGAGGCCCACAUCUGGGGCAACAGAACUCGAUGCUGUCCCCUAGGCACCGGGCGAGUCCAGGGAUGGCAGGGAGCCCUCGCGUGGCCCCAUGCUUGCACUCGCCCUCCCCUGUGGGGAUUUGUGGGUCUGGAACAGUGGUUGGAGUAGGAGGUAGCGGUCCUGCGGCUAACAGUCUUGCUAACAGCUACACCAGUAGUUCUCUGUCGGCCCUGCAGGCCUUGAGUGAGUGUCACGGGGUCGGACACGGCGGUUGCGUGCACCCACAAAUUCAUGGCGCUGGGGGGCAUUCGCACACACACACCCUGGGGUCACCGGACACGAAGAUGAUGGGGUCGCCAGUCGGAGUCACGAUGGGGGCAGGGGUCAACCCUCACAUGAUGUCGAAGCUUGGCGGUGGCGCUAACAUGGAUCCUCACGGAGAACAUGGUGGACAGUACGACCAGAGACAGAUGGACAGACAGACUGACGAGAACGGUAGCGGCGGUAACCACGGUGACGUCAAAGAGGAGAGGGACGGCUCAAACGACGGCCCCAACGCGCAGAGCCGUGUCCUCCACGACAACAAGGGCCACACCAAAUUACUCCAGCUCCUCACCACCAAGUCCGAACCCCUCGACACCCCCUCGUCUCCCAACGGAGGAGGAGACCCCAAGGACCCCUCCUCAGGGCUUGGGGGCCCUCAUGGUGCAGGGGCCCCGGGGGGCCACGUUACAUCCCUGAAGGAGAAACACAAAAUACUCCACAGGCUGCUCCAGAACAGCACCUCUCCUGUCGACCUGGCCAAGCUCACCGCUGAGGCCACCGGCAAGGAGCUGGGAGAGCAGGGGGGUACAGGAGGGGGUACAGAUGGGAACCUCACCUCCAAACAGGAGCCCCUGAGUCCCAAGAAGAAGGACAACGCACUGCUGAGGUACCUGCUGGAUGAAGAGGAAGGGGGCAUGAAGGAGAGGCAGGCUAGGAUGGAGGGAGGAGGAGAGGUAAAGACGGAAAUGAAACACCCCCUCCAUGUGAAGACUGAGAAACAGGACACAGGAUAUGAUCGCUCUGAGCAGUCGUCAGAGCUGGAUGAUAUCCUAGAUGAGCUGCAGUGUGCCCAGCCCCAGCUGUUCGGUGAACCACGGCCCGUCUCUCUGCCUUCCUCCCUGGACAAACAGACCAUCAUCAACGACAUACUGCACAUCACCCAGGAAACCAGCCCUGCCAACGCCAUGGCAACACAGCAGCAGCAGAGAGGCAUGGGGCCAGGCAACUAUGGUGGUGCCAGAGGGCCGGAGGGCCAGGGGCCAGCUAGGGGCCUCCCUGUGAGGAGUGUAUCCCUGGACAUGAACGUGUCAGGGGUCCCCCAGGGCCAGUAUCCACCUGUGGGAACCCUCAGCCCCUACACGCUCCUACAACAGCAGCAGGGAAUGCUGGCAAACCACACCGCCAUGUUGUCUAACCAGGCCAACCUCUCAGGUCAGUUGGAUGGUCCUCGGCAGGGAAUGCAGCAGGAGGGGAGUUGGGGUCCUGGGGGCCCAGGUCAGAGCGGGUCAGCAUCGGUCCGUCCUUCAGGGGUCCCAGGUCAGCAGGGGACAACGCUCGGCCGUAUGGGGCCAAGCCCCGGAGGCCCUAUGAGACCCAACAGUCAGCCCGGCCCUGGACCCAGACAGAUGCUGCAGUCUCAGAUGAUGGCCAACGACAUGGGUAUGGGGCCCCACCAGUUCUCCCAGCAACAGGCUCCACCCAAUCAGACGGCUCCGUGGCCAGACAGCGUGAUGCCUAUCGAGCAGACCCCCUUCAAUCAGAACAGGUCUCUGUAUGCCUCCCAGCAGCAGGAGGUGUUGUGUGGGGUUCCGGGGCCCAGUGGUCAGAGUCAGGGGCCUGGAGGUCCUGGUGAUGGGGGUGGUAGUGAUGAGGGGGCUCUCCUGUCCCAGCUCUACACCGUGUUAAAGGACUUUGAUGGCCUGGAGGAGAUAGACAGAGCCCUGGGGAUACCUACUCUGAUGGGACAGGGUCAGUCUGUAGAUCAGUUCUCUUCAGACCCGUCCAUGUUAUUGGACCAGAAGCCUCCAGUGUACGGCCAGCAGCACCAGCAGGAACCGCCACCUGGCUCCCAUCUAGCCCAGAGAGGGUACCACGGCCCUGGGCCCGGCGGACCCAUGCAGGACCCCACACCUGGCUCCCUUCUAGCCCAGAGAGGGUACCAUGGCCCUGGGCCCAGCGGACCCAUGCAGGACCCCACAGGUCAAGGUUUCCACCCAAUGGCUGGUCAGAUGGGCCCCAGACCAGGAUACCCCAUCAUGAGGCUGAGGCCCCAAGCGGUGGUUCCUAACCAGCCUAAUACACUGAGGUUACAGCUGCAGCACCGGCUACAGGUACAACAGAAUCGCCAACCAAUGAUGAACCAGAUGAGUGGAGUGUCCAAUAUGAACCAAAAUCUACAGUCCAACAACCCCAACCAGGGGACCAUCAAUGCACAGAUGUUGGCACAACGUCAGAGAGAACUCCUCAAUAACCACCUGCGGCAGCGCCAGCUGGAGCACCAGAGACAGCAGCAGCAGCAGCAGCAGCAGCAGCAGAGGAACACGGUGAUGAGAGCCCAGGGACUCAACCUACCUCCCAAUAUGGCCGCCGCCGCGGCUGCUGCAAGUGGCCUAUCGGGAGGCCUGAGUAACCCUCGGAUCCCACAGACCACCAACCCCCAGCAGUUCCCCUUCCCACCCAGCUACGGUAUGUCCCAGCAGCCUGACGGAGGGUUUGGUGGUCAGGCCACGCCCCAGAGUCCGCUGUUGUCCCCUAGGAUGGCCCAUGCCCAGUCACCCAUGAUGCAACAGCAGAGCCAGGGCAGCUCCACUUUCCAGGCGUCGCCUGACAUGAACGGUUGGCCGCCCCAGGGGAACAUGGGAGGAAACAGAAAUACUGCUGACCCUGGUGGAGCGUGUAGCCAACCAGCACCUUAAUGCUAACACCCAGGAUCCAAUGAGCUCGCUGGUUCAUCUUCAACCACCCAACCAAUCUACCAACGGCUCUUUGAGUGAACCUGGCAGUGCCCUGACCCAGCUCUGCCCAACCAAGCCUGACCUCUGACUUCACCCACCUGGCAUAAAGUGUUCCUCACAUCUAUCCCUACUGGGGGGGGGGGGGUCUAUAUAGGGCCCUGGUUGAAAGGAAAGCAGUACACAGGGAAGAGGGAGGCAACCCUAAAACGCCUAACCCCUCCUUAAAGGAGAACCCAUGAGCCAGCCUGUCUCUGUCCAGCUGCAUUCACCGUAGUGUGACUUACUGUAGGCCCCUCCCCCUCUAUUGUAGGUCCCUCCCCCUAUGGGUUGAUUGACUGUAGGCCCCUCCCCAUCUGCCUGGAGGCCCACCCCCUCUGGGUAGGCCCUGUGGAGUCCCCCCCCGCCUGGGUUGACUGACUGUACGCCCCUCCCCCUCUGGGUUGACCUGCUGUACGCCCCUUUAAGUUGGCCCCACCCCCCCUCUAAGUUGGUCCCUCCCCCUAUGGGUUGACCUACUGUACGCCCCUCCCCCCUCUAAGUUGGCCCCUCCCCCUCUGGUUUGACUGACUGAGUACUGGUGGCAGCGGUGGGAUCCUCGUCAGAUGAAUGUAUUCCUCUCUAUGGACAGUGGCCAUUUUGCAAUCUGAUCUCAUCUCAAACAAUUUAUAUAUAUAUAUAUAUAUUUCCUGAUCCCUCUGAUGUUCUAGAACAUUCCUCUCAUGUUCCACAAUGGCAUCAAACUGCAAACUGACUCUCAACGUUUACUUUUGGAUUCUGGAGGACAGCGGAGGGAGCGGAGCAGCCAACUAAUUUCAGACAUUUUUGCCUUUUCGCUGUUUGUUUUUGUUUUCCGGAUGAUGAUGAUGAUGAUGAUGAUGAUGAUGAUGACUACAGAUGUGUAGGAUAAAGACAAAUGGUUGUUGUUUUUUAAACACUGCAGAUUAUUGGUUUGGCUGAAAUUAUGCUUUGUAUGAUAAUUAGACUAAUUUAGUCAAGAGGUUUAUAGUUUAUUAAAUUAAGUUUUAUUUUUGUGUUUUAGAUUUUUUUUUUAAUUAUCUUAGAUGAUUUCUUUAUUAUCGUAGCAAACAACAAGACGUUUUCUAAUGUGGUGAAAGUGCGUAAAAAGAGGCACUUGGCGGUUAAACUCUUUCUCUAAAGACUACUAGAGUCUAUCACAUUGAAAUAUUACGGAUUUGACUUUGGUUCAGUAGUUUCAUCAGAGGUUGUUGAAUUACAUCAUGUGGUUGAAGACAACAGAAACAGACAGAUUGUACACACUGUACCAGUUAACAGACAGAUUGUACACACUGUACCAGUUAACAGACAGAUUGUACACACUGUACCCGUUAACAGACAGAUUGUACACACUGUACCCGUUAACAGACAGAUUGUACACACUGUACCCGUUAACAGACAGAUUGUACACACUGUACCAGUUAAAAACAGACAGAUUGUACACACUGUACCAGUUAACAGACAGAUUGUACACACUGUACCCGUUAACAGACAGAUUGUACACACUGUACCAGUUAACAACAGACAGAUUGUACACACUGUACCAGUUAACAGACAGAUUGUACACACUGUACCAGUUAACGACAGACAGAUUGUACACACUGUACCAGUUAACAGACAGAUUGUACACACUGUACCCGUUAACAGACAGACAGAUUUUCCUAUUGAUUUGGGCCUUUUCUCUUCUUUUGCCCUGUCUGGUCUUUAUUGGCUGUAUAAGCAGAGCGGUGUUUUAUGUGUGUGUUUGAGAAGAGGAGAGUCUGACCUUGUCACAGUCGUAGAUACGAUACAAGAGAGGAGCCUUCACCCAGGCUCUAUUGCGGGGUGUAGGUAGGUAGGUAUGCCUGGGGGGUGGGGGCUAUGUAUACAGUGUACAGAUUAUCGCUUGCUUCUCAGCCUUGAGCGUAUAGCUAGCACCACAAUAGAAAGCCAGGACAAACUGCUCUGGUCCGACAGUGUGAUGUACGUAAACAAGCAAUAACAAUUACUUCAGAAUCUUACAGUUUUGUUUUGUUUUGUUGUGCAGAUUAUUUCCUGGAAACACAUUGUUUGCUCUGCGGUCCGUCGGAAAUUAAAACACUGCUCAUUUUUUAUUUCAGUUCAUAUAUAUUUUCUCUCUAAUCCAAAUGAUACGUUCAUGGCAGAGGAUGCAGCAGCAGUGUAGACGGGGAGGGAGUGUGGUGGUGAACCUUACUAACCCUCAUGUUAACACACAGGGUGCAUCCUAAAUGGAACACCAUGCCCUACAUACUUUUAACCAGAGCCCUCUGGCAUCAUAUUCCCUCUCCCCUGUAACAGGUAUAAUGACAUCAUAUUCCCUCGCCGCUGUAACGGGUAUAGUGACAUCAUAUUCCCCUCGCCGCUGUAACGGGUAUAAUGACAUCAUAUUCCCUCGCCGCUGUAACGGGUAUAGUGACAUCAUAUUCCCUCUCCCCUCUAGCAGGUAUAAUGACAUCAUAUUCCCUCGUCCCUCUAGCAGGUAUAAUGACAUCAUAUUCCCUCUCCCCUCUAGCAGGUAUAAUGACAUCAUAUUCCCUCUCCCCUCUAGCAGGUAUAAUGACAUCAUAUUCCCUCGCCGCUGUAACGGGUAUAGUGGCAUCAUAUUCCCUCGCCCCUGUAACGGGUAUAGUGACAUCAUAUUCCCCUCGCCCCUGUAACAGGUAUAAUGACAUCAUAUUCCCUCGCCGCUGUAACGGGUAUAGUGACAUCAUAUUCCCUCUCCCCUCUAGCAGGUAUAAUGACAUCAUAUUCCCUCGUCCCUCUAGCAGGUAUAAUGACAUCAUAUUCCCUCUCCCCUCUAGCAGGUAUAAUGACAUCAUAUUCCCUCGCCGCUGUAACAGGUAUAAUGACAUCAUAUUCCCUCGCCGCUGUAACGGGUAUAGUGGCAUCAUAUUCCCUCGCCCCUGUAACGGGUAUAGUGACAUCAUAUUCCCUCGCCGCUGUAACGGGUAUAGUGACAUCAUAUUCCCUCGCCGCUGUAACGGGUAUAAUGACAUCAUAUUCCCUCUCCCCUCUUGCAGGUAUAAUGACAUCAUAUUCCCUCGCCCCUCUAGCAGGUAUAAUGACAUCAUAUUCCCUCGCCCCUCUAGCAGGUAUAAUGUCAUCAUAUUCCCUCGCCCCUCUAGCAGGUAUAAUGACAUCAUAUUCCCUCGCCCCUCUAGCAGGUAUAAUGACAUCAUAUUCCCUCGCCCCUCUAGCACGCAUAAUGACAUAAUUUCCCCUCGCCCCUCUAACGGGUAUAAUGACAUCAUAUUAUGGUCACUGUAGAUCCUUUGUUGCGUCACAGUCAGACCUCAUAACUACAUCUUUCCACCAAUCCUGAAAUGUUGCAGCCUGGUCCCCGUAUGAUUGUGUUCUUGCUUUACUCCAUUGUUGUCAUCGUCAACUCAACUCAACAUGACCAUUAGUGACAAGGAGUUGGCAUGAUGGCACAAACAGACUGGUGCUCACGCUAGCAAUGUUGACAUUACUUAUGAUAAUAAGCCAGACAUUACUAUGGAGGACAAGCCAAAUAUCCCAUGCCGCGUAAAUGGGGUUAUGGAUUCCACCAGCCUUUCGUUACAUUGAUGAUGAAGGACAGAGGCGGACUUAGCUGUGUUUCAUCAGUCUCAAAUGAAACAGGCCCCCAAAACAGCUGAAUCCACCCCUGCUGAAGAGGGUAAAGGGUUUAUUAGUAGCCCAGACGGUAUGAUAGUCCAUCACCCUCAGAGAAACAUGCAACGCCACCUCGUAGUGUGUGACUGUCUGUAUGUGAGGAGAGAUUGCAGUGUGUGUUUGUGUGUGAGACAAAGUGCAGUGUGUGUGUGUGUGUGUGUACAGCAUAAAAAAGAGUGUAUUUGAUGUGGGAUCUGAGAUAAACUGAAUGUAUUGUCAUGGCUGACCUCAGAUCAGAAUAGACUGGAAAAGCUGCGCUUCAGGUGACAGCCUUUUUCCUUAUAUAGAGCCCUAUGGGCAUUGCUCAAAAGUAGUGCACUACAUAUGGAAUAGGAUCCCAUUGGGGAUACAAGUCCACUACUGUGGGAAGCUGUAAAAAAUACUAUUCUCAGUGGAUUGUUAGUUCUGGAACUGCCCAAACCUGAAGUUACUCAUAAGACCUGGUCUGAGAACAGUUUUUAGGUGUUCUUUUAUUUCCCUUAUUGUUAACAGUUUGGGUCAGGAGGGAGAAAGCUGAUCACAGAUCAGGGUCCGUAUUCAUAAAUCCGGAUCGGUUUAGCCUUUUAUAUUAUAAUGAAAAGACAGGUGGGGGGGGGGGUAGUGGGACCUGAUCUGGGAUCAACACUCCUUCUCUCAGAUGAUUUCUGAAUACUGUACUUUGGGCUAGCAGUCCCUUUUGAACACUGAGGUACAGUAACACUUUCUCUGUAUGAGGCAUACGGGUCCUAGUAUUCAGUGACUCUUAUGUAUAGUUCUAUGUUAUGGGCCCUGUCUCAGAAUUUAGACGCUGUAUCUCCUCUGUUUUGCUGUACGAUCGAUUGAUUGAUUGAUCACGAUUUGUCGAGAUGUAUCACUGUCGAUCACAGUUUUUUGAUAAAAGCUGGAUGUCAUUGCUGAGAAUUGACUUACAUUUUUUUUUAAAGAAUAGCCAAUUCUAAAGAAAUCCCUCUUAUCACCACCCCUCUGCCAAAUUCCAAAGAUUGUUAAGAUUUUGAAAUGAAUAUAAGCCAUGAGGUAAUGUUUUUUUUUUAAAAGCAUUUAUAUCAGGACUUGGAGCAAAACAACCUUUUUUUCGCCCUUCAAAAAAAAUAUCAUACAGGCAGUGAAUAUAAAUCAAUUUACAACUAAAUAAUUCCUCUCUAUACCUUUCCUUUGGGAGAUUUUUUUUUUUUUAAAUGCCCUGUUUUUCUAUUGUCUGCCAGUUUUCUUAGAGCUAAAAUGCAAGAACCCUUGAAAUGCUAAAAACAAAAACAAAAAACUAACAUAUUGCCUUAGAUUGUCUGUUCUCCUUGUAUAUUUUAAAGCUAUCUGUAUCAUAUUUGUAUUGUGAAUAUGUACAUUAUUGAAUGGGGGGGGGGGGGGGCAUCAUUCAUCAACACAUCUCAGUUGCUGAGACAAGCAGUCUCUCUCUUUCUUAUCUGUGAUUGGUUGAAGGCUGUAUUAUUUGUAUAAUUUCAUACCCCUCCUCUCCCCCAACUGUUGUCAGUCUGCUAUAUGGAAGAAGAAGAAGAAAAAAAAGAUGAUGCAAUGGGAUAUUGAAGCAAUAUGUAAUAUAUUCUAUGAACUUUCUGGAGAAAGAAAGCCUACAGUGUUGCGCGCUGCUCUGAGAUGUAUUUCCCAGUUGUGUUGUUCACAAGAAACAUCGCACUGUUUGUUCGUUCGUUCCACCCGUCACUCACGCGUCAACGUUUGUAAUCUUUAGUGUUGAGCAUUUUAUGCAAAAGUUAGAUAUGCCGGCAGAAGUUUAAACACAGUUAUAUGCAAGUUGUCAACUAAUAAGGCUUCGCUGAUGCUAUUUGCAAUUUUGAUGUUGAAUAAUACCAUUGUAAAUAAAGAAUUGUUACUGCAACAUUUUAA